AUGUUCCGCCCACACGCCGCCCCCCGAGGAAGUUCCGUGAGUGCAGCGCUAGUAGAGCAUGGACGGACUAGUAUCACUACCUUUCAUCCUUCGACCCCGGAGACAUAUGUCCCUUCAGAGUGCACUCGCACCAUGAAGCCGCGCACCUCACGGAUUACAAUGAGCACCGUCGGGGCGUCCCGCGUAUCACCAAGUGUUCAACCAGGUUAUGCACAACCCGAAUUUAACAGCAAACUCGCUGGAGCCAUACGCCACGAGCACCAGAAGAGUCUGCGGGAGCACACUUCCGCCUUUCAAGAGGUCGCCUACAGGCACGCAGAUCGCCCUGCAGAGAAGCUGGUUUACGGGGACCACCAUGAUUUCUUCUAUCCUGCACAAGAGUGUGGCUUAACGGGCCCCCUGGGGUCACGUUUUUGCCGCAAUCCCGAGAACAUCGGUCAAGAGGACAAGGAUCGACGGGUGCAAGUGACUAACGCUAGGCAAGGCACCAGGCAUGCAAAUGAAGAGCGCAUCCGUGCAACUUAUGCAAAGGAGGAGCAGGACGCCCAACAACGCGAGGCAAAGAAAAUUGCAGGGAAGCGCCGCCAACGUGAGAUAUACAUGACAAUGCUCCAAGAAAGUCUUGAAACACAGAUGUAA